AUGACCACCCCAUCCACAAACGCACCACCCAACAUGGCCGCCACCCCGGCGCGCACCUCAACUCUCCUCUCCAACAUCGCCGCUGUAACCACGCGCAUCACCACCGCAACAGCCCACUCCCAAUUCCCAACCAAACCAGUCCGCCUCGUCGCCGUCUCCAAGCUCAAGCCCGCCUCCGACGUCCUAGCCCUGCACAAAUCCCCCGUCACUCAAUAUCACUUCGGCGAGAACUACCUGCAAGAACUCCUCGAGAAAUCGCGCCUACUCCCACCAACCAUUAAAUGGCACUUCAUCGGCGGUCUGCAGUCAAAUAAAUGCGUGACGCUUGCACGGGAUGUGCGCGGACUAUGGGCUGUUGAGAGCGUCGAUACCGAAAAGAAGGCGACGCUGCUAGAUAAAGGUCGUGGCGAGCGCAAGCCCGAUGCCGAGGAAUUAGAAGCCGAAGCUGCAGAUUCAGAUACGGAUUCGCGACUCCGCAUCUACGUGCAGGUCAACACCUCCGGCGAAGAGAACAAGGCUGGUAUCGAGCCUGCCGCUGCGCCCGCUCUGGCGAGACAUAUCCGGGAGAAAUGCCCUCGGCUUAAGCUGCAGGGUGUCAUGACUAUCGGAGCCAUUGCGCGGUCACGGGCGACCACCCCUGAGAACGAGAAUGAGGAUUUCGUUUGUCUGCGGGAGACGCGAGAUCGGAUUAUUUCUGAGUUGGGGUUGGCCGGGGCUGAUGCGGAGUUGGAGUUGAGUAUGGGGAUGAGUCAGGACUUUGAGGGGGCUAUUGCGCUGGGGAGUGAUCAGGUUCGUGUUGGGACGACGAUCUUUGGGGAUCGACCUCCUAAGUCUGAGGCCAGGGUUAUUUAA